GAACUAAGCAUUCCUACCUGGAUAUAGUCUGAGGUUUGGAGUGCCACAGUCAGCCUUAUCCACUGAAUUCCCAGAGGACAAGAGCUCCAUAACCACCACUGGACCUUCAGAGAAAGAUCAAGCCCUUCUACAGGACCACUGCUUCAACAGAACAUCUAUCACUUCAAGAGAAUUGCAGCCACCAUUUAAUUGGACUACUACCAAUACCCUGACCAACAGGGUGUCAGCAGCUGCCCCAGUGCCCUGCAGAGAGAGCAGUGACUGAUGCACAGUGAGCAUGGGCACGGCAGGUCAUCGUGGGACAAAGUGGCUGCUUCCCGUUGUCCUCCUUUUCCUUCAGAUGAGGCAGACAGAUGGGAACCAAUGCAGUUCAAAUCCUUGUCACUAUGGUGGCCAGUGUAAAGAUGGAAUCGGUUCCUACACUUGCACAUGCUUGGAUGGUUAUCAAGGCAAGAACUGUGAAUUUGUCAUCCCAAAGUUCUGCAGAAUAAACAACGGGGACUGUGAGCAGUUCUGCAGCGUCCGGAGAGAUGGACGGAAGGAUGUGGUGUGCUCCUGUGCAGAUGGCUAUGCUCUGGCAGAGGAUGGCAAGCACUGUGUUGCAACAGUAAAAUACCCUUGUGGAAAAGUUUUUGUGGCAAGGAGAAAAAGGUUUGUUCUUUCAACUGUUGACUACAGCAAUGGAAGAAGGGAUCAAGGAGACUCUCCUGCAAAUGAAAUGAGUGCAGAGAAGAACUUUGCAAUUACUACAGAAAGCCCAACCCCUCCACCUGACAACAGAACAAGAGGCAGGAAUCCUUAUGCCACUACCAGGAUAGUUGGUGGGGAUGAUUGUCGUCCUGGCCAAUGCCCAUGGCAGGCUGUUCUGUUAAACGAGGAAGGAGAAGAGUUUUGUGGUGGAACUAUUCUGAAUGAAAAUUUUAUACUUACUGCAGCUCACUGCAUAAACCAAUCCAAAGAAAUCAAAGUUGUUGUUGGUGAAGUGGACAGGGAGAAGAAAGAGCAGUCUGAAUCGACGCACACUGUGGAUAAAAUAUUUGUUCACUCCAAAUUUGAUGCGGAGACUUAUGAUAAUGACAUUGCGUUAUUAAAGCUGAAGGAACCUAUCAGGUUUUCAGAGUUCAUCAUCGCAGCGUGUCUCCCCAAAGCAGAUUUUGCUAAUGAAGUUCUGAUGAACCAAAAGUCUGGGAGGGUUAGUGGCUUUGGGCGUGAAUUUGAUGAUGGAAAACUUCCCAAAAAACUGAAGAUGCUUGAACUCCCCUACGUUAACACAACCACUUGCAAGCAAUCCACUAACUUCCUGGUAACAGAGAACAUGUUCUGUGCUGGUUAUGAUUCAGAGGAAAAAGAUGCUUGCCAAGGAGACAGUGGUGGCCCCCAUGUGACCAGAUAUAAGGAUACUUACUUUGUUACUGGAAUUGUUAGCUGGGGUGAAGGAUGUGCAAGGAAAGGCAAAUAUGGUAUCUAUACCAAACUGUCCCGGUUCUUGCGCUGGGUAAGAACAGUCAUGAGUGUGUAGUGGUGGUGUGUGCCCUGAUGUGCCCUGAUCCUUCUUGUUGGCUGUCAAGGUGCAGGAUUGGUGAUGGAAACUUCCUCUUCUGGCACAUCUGCUAAGUUUGUUUUGAGAUCUGAUUCCUUAAAGUUAUGGUCUGCUUCCAUUUGUAUUAUUCCUGGUUCUAAAGCACAUCUUUGUGGACUGUGGAGGUGUUUGGAAUUGGUUGAAAGAGGGAAUUUCCCCGUGCAAAUAGGCUGCUGUCUGGUGUCUUUGGCUUCUUUUCAUUAUUUAUCAAUAUCACUUUGGUUGCUGUCUUUUGUCACAAUGUUCCUAACAGAGGCUCCUAAACAUGUUCUGAACAGUCACUAAUCAUGAUGAAAGAAGGAAGGGUGCAUGUCAUUUAAUCCUCAUAUUGCAUUCAUCUGGCUCAGCAGGCAGUUUGUCCAUACUGGAUCCACAUAGCUUCUACCUGUAGAAGUGUUCAGAAGUUUAAGGGAGAAGGAGAUCUUUCAUUUGUAAUUAAAGAGGGUUUUUUUUUAUAAGGAUUGUACUUCACUUUAGAUUUAUCUGUACGUACUUCUCAUCAGAAGAAUAUAUGUGUAUGGUCACUAUUUUGCAUAUCUUGUUCUGGAUUGUGGAUGGCUGAGGAUUGGAAAGCUCCUUGCAAGUGGAUUGUUCUAAAUGUUUCUAUUAGGUGCAUUAGUGUUGUACACCAGCAUUUGAAAUAAAAUAUUCUUUCUUUUCUGA